AUGCUCCCAACCGUGGUCCUUGCUUCUGCCUUUCUCUUCUGCUCGGUGGCCAGCCAGGGGUGUUUGACCUUGGUAGGGAUCAAGGACAUCAAAUACCUCAUUGACAACCUGCAGAGAGAUCCAUCUUCAAAUUGCAGCUGCAGUGGCAAUGUGACCAGUUGUUUGUGUCUGCCCACUCCUUCUGACAACUGCACCACGCCAUGCUUCCAAGAGGGUCUGUCACUGAUGGCCAACACCACAGUGAAAACAAGUUUCCCCCUAAUUUUCAAUCGGGUGAAAAGAACAGUUGAAGCCCUGAAGAACAACAAGUGUCAAUUUUUUUCCUGUGAACAGUCAUGCAACCAAACCACAGCAGGCAACACACUGACAUUUCUGAAGAGUCUCCUGGGAAUCUUCCAGAAAGAAAGGAUGAGAAGCAGCACAUGA